AUAUUUUAGGAAAAUGCUAUGAAAACUGUGUGUUUACUUUCUUGUAAAAAUGCGGUAAACACGUGAAUGAUUUAUCCAGCUGUCAAAAUUUAUCCGAGUUAUCUGAAUUUGAGAUUGAGGUUAUGUUUGGAGAUUCCGCGGAGAAUUCUGCAAUUUCAUAGAACAUUUCCUGAACAGUUCCACAGACUUUGCUUUGUUUGUUUUUGUUGAUCACGUGAUAUCAAAACAAAAAGUUUUUGGAUAACAUUUUGCAUUUUUUCUAUGAAUGCCGUGAUUGUUUUGUGUCAUUUCUGUGAACUCCACGGUCCACUGGCCAUCUUCUGCACGCAGACACUCCGUGAGACGCGCCUAAGUGAUGUAUUGUCCAACAAACGAGGAGAUUCCUUGGGGAAAAAAUGCGCAGCAUGCACAUCUCUCGGGGAAACUUUGGUUCUCAUGACCAAAGAUGAGGAGAGUCAGGCAAAGUUUGUGAGUUCGCAACAGCCAAUGAUUCAGGAUGUCAUCCCCCUUGUGAAGCAAGCAGCCUUUCGUAGUCUCAGCUGUGAGAUUACCAAUAAAGACGAUGGACUUGUUUUCUUCGGAGAUGGCUCCCGUGGUCAUGUUCUCAGUCACAGCUUUCAGAUCCCAGAUUCAAAGGCACGCGGUUUCUACAGGCUCUUCUCCAUUGUCGUGCUGAUGAAGGAUAAACUCUUUCUGGUGAACAUUCAGCCAUUUCUCUCGCACAAUUUGCGAAAGAUUUCAAGUGAACUGAAGGAUUAUGCAAAUGCUGCAAAUCCCGGAGAGCAAUCUCGUCAGAGUGAAAAAGCACAGAGGCUCAGCGAAGGAAUGGGCUUCUCUCAGCCACGGCCACUUACAGAAUUGACUGGAGAGAAGCACAUUUUUGCCCACAUUCACUCCCAAUUUGCAUGGAUUCUGUGGGCAGGAGCACAAUAUCUCAAGGAAUCUGUUACCAUCGGUAGCCCAAUGGUGCCUCCGUGGCUGGGAAAGGACACCGAAGAGGGAUUCACCAUGGUUCAGGUUGACAAGGAAGAAUGGCUUAUGCGGAAGCACGGAAUUGACGAAGGGGAUGAUGAUAUUGCAAUCAUUCGCGAUUUUAGGCGAUUCAGGAGCCUUCUGGAAUCCCAUUUCAUCCCACUGUGCUAUUGUGUUAUAGUUGGCACACAAGUACUCCUCCGGGGACCAUCGGGAGAGACUCUGCGGAUGAUUAAGUGCCUGAAAAAGCUUCUUCCGAAGUACCUUCAUCGCCUAAUUCACGUCGAUGCUUCCAAGUACCUUCCUCCCUCUGAAUGCAGAAUUCUCUCAGUAAGUUUCAACAUCACAGUUCCUCAGUCCUGCACGGGAAUAUUCAGAGUUGAAUUCCCAAAAAGGAGGGAAGAUAAGUUUUCCAUUGAAUGGUUGGGAGAUCUUCCUGGAAAAACUCCUGAUCUUCUGACUAAAAUCCUUCGGGCUUUUGAGGAAGAACAAUUCACUGAUAUUGUUCUCGAGAAGCAUCUUCGUGUUCUCAUUGAGGAGUGGAAUAACAAAAUACAAUGUCUGAAGAAGAUCCAGAAUAGCCAGGAUGUGAAUCGUAUAAAGAAGAUCUUGAGUGUGCAACAACAGGAUGCCUUACUAGUGAAUUAUUGGUCGAAUAAUGCGUAAAAGAAAACAAUAAAUUAUAUAUGUCCGGAAA